AGCGCUUGCGGGUCGCCGCUGGCUGCCGCUUCCCGGCGCGUCUAGGAGCCAUGUCCACCUUGUUCUCUUCCCUCUUCCCUCGUGUGACUGAGACACUGUGGUUUAAUCUGGAUCGACCCUGUGUGGAGGAGACAGAGCUGCAACAGCAGGAACAGCAGCAGCAGGCAUGGCUCCAAAGCAUCGCAGAGAAAGACAACAAUCUGGUACCUGUCGGCAAGCCAGCCUCAGAGCACUGUGAUGAUGAGGAAGAAGAUGAUGAAAACGACGAGGACAGUGAAGAGGGCUCAGAGGAUGACGAGGACAUGCAGAACAUGGACGAGAUGAAUGACUACAACGAGUCACCUGAUGGUGGAGAGGUCAAUGAGGUGGACAUGGAAGGCAACGAACAGGAUCAGGACCAGUGGAUGAUCUAGGUAGACAAGGCAGGGUGGCC